UCAAUGGGUGGAGCUAAAGUUGAUUCCAAAGAUCCAGUAAGAGGUAUCAUCUCAGGUAAAUACUAUUGUUAUUCAUUUUAUUUUAGGUGGCAUAACAGGUGGAAUCGAAAUAUGUAUUACGUAUCCAACUGAGUAUAUUAAAACUAUGAUGCAACUCUAUAAAGAAUAUUCAUAAAAAGGAGUUAAAUAUUGCAUUGGUGAAACAUAUAGAAAUUUUGGAAUUUAAGGAUUUUAUAGAGGUUUAACACCUUUGGUCACAUUUUCUAUUCCUAAAGUGGCUUGCAGAUUUGGUGCCAAUGAAUGGCUUAAGAACAAUGUAUUCACUGACAGAAAAAGUAGAUUCUAAACUUUCUGUGCAGGAUUGGGUGCUGGUGUAUUUGAAGCUAUUGUUGUUGUAACACCUACUGAAACUUUAAAGGUAUGAAAAUUUGUUUUAAAGAUUAGGUAAAAUUGAUCCAUGAUAAAUUAUCAAAAACUCCAAAAUAUAGAGGAAUGAUUCAUGGAAUAGGAUCAAUUGUAAAUGAAAUGGGUUUAUCAGGUAUUUAUAAAGGAUUAAUUCCAACUAUUGUAAAACAAGGCAGUAAUUAAGGUAUCAGAUUCGUUGUGUUUGAGGAUACUAAGAAAUUUAUAUAAGUAUUUUGUAAGUUUAUUAUUCUAUAGAAAACUUUUACAUUUUUACCUGAACCAGUUACCCUAUUAUUUUCAGGAGGUAUUGCUGGUGCUGCAUCUGUUAUGUGUAAUACUCCAGUUGAUGUGAUUAAAACAUAAAUGUAAGGUCUUAAGGCUCAUUAAUAUAAUGGUGUUUUAGAUUGUUGCAAAUAAACAUAUCAACAUGAAGGAAUUAGAGGAUUUUACAAAGGUAAAUUAUUUAUUUCUAGGAUUUUAGGAACUGUACCAAGAUUAGGAAGAGUUGUUUUAGAUGUAGCUAUUACAUUUACACUUUAUGAUUAUAUUGGAAGAGUUCUUAAUCUUGUUUGGCCACCAAAACAUUGAU